AUGACUACCUUUAUGGGAGUAGGCGGUGACUCGAGCCGGGUAGUGGAAAGUGCUCUGGAUAGCACGCACGUGGCACCCUACCUCCUCGAUCAAUUGCUUGCUCUUAGUGCUUUAUACCAAUCCACUACAGCACAGGCAAGCCAGAAUCUCUACCUCCGGUAUGCCACCGAACUGCAGACGCGGGCCUUGGCCCAGUUCCUUGAAACCCGCGGGAAUAUCAGCGGGACAAACUUCAUACCCGCCUUCCUUUUCACCUCCUUCCUUGGGAUCCACGUUCUAUACAAUACCUUUAGGGACCAUCAGGAUAAUCUCGGCGAGUUUGUUAGCGCUUUUGUAGAUUAUGCGCGAGUUCACCAGGGAAUCCGCGCCGUGACGGCCAAUUACUGGCCACAGAUUCUUGCAUCAAAUUUGGCCCCCCUUCUAGGUAUCGUUGAGAUUGGCAACAGAAUUGAUCACCUGGAACCCGGGACCGAGACUAUUGAGCUACGUAAACUGUUAGAAUCACUGUCAGAUUCCUCAAGAAUGCCGGUUACUGCGUCCAUCAACGCUCUGCAGCGGAUGCAAUGGGUACUUGAUCUUGCAAACCACAAUGCUCAAAGCUCCAGCAACAAAAUCCAGGCCGCCCUAGCCUGGCCGGUUAUUAUUCCAGAAGAUUAUAUUGAUGCGUUAUAUCUACGUCAUCCUGAGGCGCUGGCAGUCUUAGCAUUCUUCCUCGCCUUUGUGCCUUCUGCUCUUACAAGGUACUUGGUAAAUAAAGAGGUUGAAGAUGCUUUGUAG